AUGGUACUUGAAGCAUGGGUGGAUACAGUGUGGGAAUUGGACUUCACGGAAACAGAACCUUUGGAUCCCAGCAUAGAAGCAGAGAUCACAGAGAAUGGAUUGGAUGCAUUUACAAAACUCUAUGAAAGUAUUUUCCCUUUUGCUACAGAAGAACAUGGAUCUACAGAGAACCUUUGGACCUUCUUCACUGAGAACAAUAUUUCUCACAGUGUAUUGGUGGCAUUAUUCUAUCACUUUGUUCAAAUAGUGCAUAAGAAAAACAUCAACGUGCAGUAUCGAGAAUAUGGCCUUCAUGCUGCUGGACUUUACUUUCUACUACUAGAAGUACCAGGUAGUGUAGCCAAUCAAAUAUUCCAUCCAGUGAUGUUUGACAAAUGUAUUCAGAUUCUAAAGAAGAGUUGGCCUCAGGAGUCUAACUUGAACCGCAAAAGAAAGAAAGAACAGCCUAAGAACCUUCAGAGUAAUCCAAGAGGGAAUAGAAAAAGAGGAAAGCCACUCAGAAGAGAGAAUAUUGAGGUGGAUAUAAUUUUACAAGAACAAGAAGAUGAAGAGAAUAUUUGUUUUUCUGCCCGGGACCUUUCACAUAUUCGAAAUGCGAUUGUCCACCUUUUGAAGAAUUUUUUAAGGCUUCUGCCCAAGUUUUCCCUGAAAGAAAAGCCACAGUGUGUUCAGAAUUGUGUAGAGGUCUUUGUUACAUUAACUAAUUUUGAGCCAGUUCUUGAUGAAUUUCACAUCUCACAAUCCAGAAACCUUAAUGAAGCAAAAUAUAUACCAGAACUGGCCUAUCAUGGAUUGUAUCUCUUGUGCUCUCCAAUCCAUGGAGAAGGAGAUAAGGUUAUCGGUUGUGUUUUCCAUCAAAUGCUGAAUAUAAUAUUGAUGUUAGAAGUUGGAGAAGGACCUCAUCGUACCACCCUUACUAUUACAUCACAAGUCAUUAAUGGUAGAAACCAAGCAGUCCAGUUUAUCAGCUUACUUGUGGAUGAACUAAAAGAAAGUAUAUUUCCGGUCCUUCGUAUCUUACUCCAGCAUAUUUGUGCCAAGGUGAUAGAUAAGUCAGAGUACCGGACCUGUGCAGCCCAGUCCCUGGUCCAGUUGCUCAGUAAACUUCCUUCUGUGGAAUAUGCUACAUUCAUUGCCUGGCUCUACAGAUACUCACGAAGUUCCAAGAUCCCACACAGGGUUUUUACUCUUGAUGUUGCCUUAGCUCUGUUAGAACUGCCAGAAAGAGAGGUGGAUAAUACUCUAUCCUUGGAGCAUCAGAAGUUCUUAACACAUAAGUUCUUGGUACAGGAAAUUAUAUUUGACCGUUGUUUAGACAAGGCACCUACUGUCCGCAGCAAGGCAUUGUCCAGUUUUGCACAUUGUCUGGAGCUGUCUGUUACCAGCAUGUCAGAGAGUAUACUGGAACUUCUCAUUAACAGUCGUGCAGUUUCAAGAACAGAGAGCCACCCUGGUACCUUACUGAGAAAUUCAUCAGGUUUUUCCUUUCAGAGGCAGACAUUUAACCCUUCUGGAGUCUCAGACGUGAUCAAUGUAGACAACAGUGCUAAAACAGCUGGAUCAGGGGAAAGAUGUGUUUUGGCAAUGCUGAGGAAAAGAAUCAGGGAUGAGAAGACCAACGUUAGGAAAUCUGCGCUCCAGGUUUUAGGGAAUAUUUUGAAGCAUUGUGAAAUAUCGGGUAUGAAGGAAGACCUGUCAAUUCUGCAGGAGCAGUGUCGAGAUCCUGCAGUGUCUGUCCGGAAGCAGGCCCUGCAAUCCCUUACUGACCUUCUUAUGGCCCAACGUAGAUGUAUCCAUGUACAAAAAGCCUGGCUGACAGGAAUCAUCCCUGUUGUGAUGGACUGUGAGAGCACUGUGCAAGAGAAGGCACUGGAAUGCCUUGACCAGCUCCUCUUGCAAAACAUCAAACAUUACAAUAAAUUUCAUAGUGGAGAUGACAGCCAGGUACUAGCUUGGGAACUUCUUCUUGUCCUUACUACAGAAAGCCAGGAUCUAAGCCGUUAUUUAAAUAAGGCAUUUCAUAUCUGGUCCAAGAAAGAUAAAUUCUCAUCCACUUUUAUAAAUAAUUUGAUAUCUCAUACUGGCACUGAACACUCUGCACCAGCCUGGAUGCUGCUUUCCAAGAUUGUUUGCUCAUCACCCAAACUGGACUACACCAAAAUAAUUGAGUCCUGGGAGAAAAUCAGCAGUCAACAGAAUCCCAAUUCAGAUACCCUGGGACAUAUUCUCUGUGUUAUUGGGCACAUUGCAAAGCAUCUUCCUAAGAGCACCCAGGACAAGGUGACUGAUGUUAUCAAGUGUAAGCUGAAUGGAUUUCAGUGGUCUUUAGAGGUGAUCAGUUCAGCUGUUGAUACUUUGCAACUACUCUGUCGAGCAUCUGCAGAGUCACCUGUAGAGGAACAGGAAAUACUGAAGCAGGUUUGUGUGAAUAUCGUCUCCACCUGUGAGCAGUGCUUGUCCAACAUUGUCCUUAAGGAAGAUGGAGCAGGAAAUAUUGAUGAAGACCUUUUGGUGAAAUGCAUUUUUACCUUAGGAGGUAUAGCCCAGUUGUGUCCUGCCAAAGUGGAGAAGCGAGUCUUCCUUCUGAUUCAGUCCAUUCUAGCUGCUUCUACUGAUGUGGAUCACUUAAUGUCAUCACAAGGUGACAGUGAUGUCCCCACUUUGCAACUGCUUUCCCAGUUCAGAGGCUCUCCCAUGUCUUCCAUUAUUAGAGCACAUGCAGUCAUUACCUUAGGCAAGUUGUGCUUACAGCAUGAGGACUUGGCUAAGAGGAGCAUCCCAGCACUUGUGCGUGAGCUUGAGGUGUGUAAUGAUGUGGCUGUCCGCAACAAUGUCAUCAUUGUCAUGUGUGAUCUCUGCAUCCGGUACACAGUCAUGGUGGACAAAUAUAUCCCCAAUAUCUCCAUGUGUCUGAAGGACUCAGAUCCGUUCAUCCGAAAGCAGACACUCAUCUUGCUUACCAAUCUCUUGCAGGAGGAAUUUGUGAAGUGGAAAGGCUCUCUGUUCUUCCGAUUUGUCAGCACUCUGAUAGAUUCACACCCAGAUAUUGCCAGUUUUGGAGAAUUUUGCCUGGUUCACCUGCUACUGAAGAGGAAUCCUGUCAUGUUCUUCCAGCACUUCAUUGAGUGUAUUUUCCACUUCAAUAACUAUGAGAAGCAUGAGAAGUAUAACAAAUUCCCCCAGUCAGAGAGAGAGAAGCGGCUCUUUUCAUUGAAGGGAAAGACAAACAAAGAGAAACGAACGAAAAUCUACAAAUUUCUUCUACAACACUUCACAGAUGAACAACGAUUCAAUAUCACCUCUAAAAUCUGCCUUAGUAUUUUGGCAUGCUUUGUAGAUGGUAUCCUUCCCCUGGAUAUGGAAGCAAACGAGCUACUCUCAGACACCUUUGAAGUCCUCAGCUCAAAGGAAAUCAAACUUUUGGCAAUGAGUUCUAAGCCAGAUAAGGACCUCCUGAUAGAAGAAGAUGACUUGGCCUUGGCCAAUGUAGUUAUGCAGGAAGCACAGAAAAAGCUCAUCUCACAAGUACAGAAGAGGAAUUUCAUAGAAAAUAUUAUUCCAAUUAUCAUCUCCCUGAAGACUAUGCUGGAGAAAAGUAAAAUCCCAGCUUUGCGCGAACUCAUGGCCUACCUAAGGGAGGUGAUGCAGGAUUACAGAGAUGAGAUCAAGGACUUCUUUGCAGUUGACAAACAAUUGGCAUCAGAACUUGAGUAUGACAUGAAAAAGUACAAUGAACAACUAGCCCAGGAGCAGGAGCUGGUGAAGCAGCCAGAUGUGUAUAGGCCAGCUGAGGGGGCCAACAUGGCACCAGUGGGGCAGGUUGCUUUGAAUUUAGAAAUAAUUCCAGCUCCUGUUGGCCAAGAAAAUGCAGCUGUGGCUUCUGGUGGGAGCCGUCCGUCAACACCUAGAUCAUGCACUGACAGAGUAUCUCCUUUGCCUCCUUCAACUGACACUGGACCAUUAAAGAUGUUAAUGCCCAAAGCCAGGCGCAUGUCCCUGAGCACUAUUGCAAUCCUGAACUCUGUCAAGAAAGCUGUAGAGUCAAAUAACAGACAUCGGAGUCGGAGCUUAGGACUGCUGCCUUUCACUUUGAAUUCCAGAAGUACAGACAAGAGCAGCAAUCAUGGCUCUUCGUGCAGCUUGAACCAAGAGUCUCAUGGAUCUAUUGACCUUGUGACUAAAAGAGCAAUUAGCACCCCUGACCGGACCAUCAACGAGAUCUCAUUUGGAGCCGGGGUCAGUUACAUCAGCAUACCACGGACUCCUUUUUCACACAAAGAGAAAAGUGAAGUCCAGAGUCAAGGAACAGAGAUACUAUGUUUAUCAUUGCCUGAUAAACCGCCUCCACAACCUCAGCAGUGGAAUGUGAGGUCUCCAGCCAGAAAUAAAGACAAUCCAACCCCCAGCAGGAGGUCCCUUCGAAAGACACCUUUAAAAACAGCCAACUAA